AUGAACCACAGGAACAGCUGGAAAAAUUCUCAAGCCGAACAGAUACGUCAGCUAAGGGAAAUGAAUACCCGAUUGCUGGCAAUCCUGGAAAAGCAGGAACAAAAUAGGGAUAAUGAGGAAGGGAAGUUCUAUAAGAGGCUUGCUGCUCAUAAGCCACGGGGCUAUGACGGCGAAGCGGAUCCGGUAAAAUUUGAAGACUGGAUUGCAUAUAUGGAAAAGCUGCUGGAUGUGGUAAACUGUCCAGAGAACUUGAGGGUAAAGCUGGCAUCCUUUUACCUGGAAGGCCCUGCGGAUAUGUGGUGGGGUACAGUUAAGAAAACCUCCACCCAAGCCAUUUACACCUGGGAAAUGUUCGUGGAAAAGUUGAGGAAUAAGUUCUUUCCUCCAGCACUGAGAAGGAAAAAAGAGAAUGAAUUCUUGUUUUUGAGGCAAGGGCAGAUGACGGUAGUAGAAUAUGCUGCCAAAUUUAUGGAACUCGCGCGGUUCGCUCCAGACUUUACUAGCAACGAAAGGGUAAAAUCCAUGCGAUUUUUUGAGGGGUUAAAUUUGAAGUACCAGAAAAGAAUAGGGGUCUAUAACAGCUUUGAGGAUUUGUAUGAUCGAGCCUUAGAACAUGAACGGAUUGAGCAAAAGGAUGAAAACUCGAAAAGAAAGAAGAAGGGGAACGAAAAACUGGAGCAGGGAGUAGCAAGAAAAUUAAGACGGAUCCAGCCGGAACGAAAUGCUAAAGGUAAUCAGCGACCUGGUGAGGUGUUGCUGCUGAAAGCGGCUGGUGAAUCGAGCUCGGGUCGUAACCAAAAAGGAGUAUCGAAAGCGCCUGGGAGAGCAUUUGCCCUUAAGUCUGAGCCAUCUGAGGAGCCAGAGAUUAUAGAGCAGAAAGGUAAUGUAAUUACCGGGACCUUUGAUGUGUGUAAUUUACCUGCAUUUGUGUUAUUUGAUUCCGGAGCAUCCCACUCUUUUAUUUCAAAUCUAUUUGCAUUCCGCAUAGAGAAAAAACCCAAAGUGACUUCAUGUGAUUUGAAUGUAACUUUGCCUGAUAAAACUACCUUCCGAUGUAAGUAUAUGUUGAGAGAAUGUGGUAUUAGAAUUGCGGAGGUGGAUUUGAAGGCAGAUUUGAUAAUGUUUGAUUUAGGUGUAUAUGAUGUGAUUCUGGGUAUGGAUUGGUUGAGUAAAAAUCGAGCUAUAAUAGAAUGUUAUACUCGAGUGGUGAAACUUCGACCCUUCUUAGAGCGGACCAUUAACCAUCAGGGCUGGGAUGGUGCUAUGGAAGCACAUAUUUGUCAGGUAACGGAACGAGGAGAAACUGAAUAA